UAUCAAAAACGUUUGUCUCAUCCCCCCUCCCCCACUGUUUCGUAGAACCGGGUCGGAAGAAAACCGACCGAGCAGAAGUGUGAUCGUGCGAAUACAUCUGUGUGCAUUGUGAUGAGUGAAGUGUGUUAAUUGUGGAAAGAUCUCUUGAAGCGAUCAGUGAACCGAACUGUGUGCAUAAAAGGUGGAUGAUAGUUUAGGACGCUCCUUCCCACUUGCUAAGACUUACUUUCUGGAGCGUUUUUGCAAGCCAAAGACAAAGAGCGUCGUGAACAAAAGCAUGAUGUGGAAACUUCUCAUACUCACCGGCUGUCUGGUGACCAGUGGCCUUGCCCGGCCGGACGUGUCGCAUCUGCUGAAGCGCACGGGUGCUGACAAGCAGAAGCGCCAAAGCUUCAUCGGUACCUCGGUGUCCGUCACUGGCAAUGGGGCCGUUGCGACGGAAAUUAAGUCAGGUGACGGAGCAGCAGCAGUGGAAGCCUUCAUACCGCAGAUCAGCUUGCUGCCGCUGCAAGACAACCAACCUUCACCAUUCAAGCGGCUGGAGGAACGCGUCGGGUAUGACUACCAAAAGCCAGACUUUCCGCUCGACGUCCAUCCGGACUCGAACCUAGUCAACCCGGUGUCGACCCAAGCGCCGGAAUAUCUGCCCCCAGAGGAUGGUCAAGAGUCGUCGAACGUUGAUCAGGUCGCACCGUCUAGCUCUCCGUCGACCACUACAACUUCUACAACGACAACUACUACUACUACAACAACUACUCCGGCACCGACAACCACUACCACGACCCCUGCACCCCAGACAAAUGGCCCUUCCACAACGGAGCAACUGUUCGACGAAGACGAAGGCUACGGGUACAAGAAGCCCGAGGUAAUGCUGCCGACCAACAUCAACGAAGUGAUCGGUGAGCCCAGUGACAUCAAUCAGCUCGCCACGACCACCGUACCGACGACGACCACGACCGCAAAGAACUCGCUGGAGUAUCUUCCGCCCAAGCCGCUGCCCGAGCUGGUGGUGCCGAAGGAGCCGAGCAGCACACCGUCCACAACGCAACAGCCACCACAGACCGAACCUUCGACCUAUCCGACGAGCCCAAGCAGCACCAUCACCACCACUGCGUACCAGGUUCAGACGGAAACUCAACCACCGUACAGCAAGCUGCCGGAAGCGUCCGUUUAUCCCGAUGCAUCGGGCUCGGUGUCUACGGUCGUGACGCAACAGACUCCCUCGACGGAGAUCCCCUCUACCUCUGCGCCGGAGUAUCUUCCACCGGACAGUGAGAUGAAUGGCUUCCAGAUCAUUGUGAGGACGGGAUCCGAUUCGGAUGACAGUGAUACUACCUCCACGACCACGGGAAGUAGCGAGGGAAGCAGCUCUACGACGACUGUGGUGGUUCAAUCCUUCGACUCUACGACAACAGCUGCUCCCGUUCAGCCAGAAGCGGACAGUCAGGUACGGGAGGAGCAGCCCGAUCAGUCGACGACGACCACUGAAGGGCAGACAACGACGGCAGCCAGCUCACCGAGCAGCAGUGUGCCACUAUUCACCGACGAAACGGUUGCACCGGUUGAUGACGCUUCGUCCGUGAUUGAAAUGAUCAAUCAGAUGCAGGAAACGAGUCAGGUUGCUGGGCAGGCCGAUUUUGUGCCCGAGCUGCGAGUAGACGACGAACCCGCAACGACAAGCGAACUCACAACCGUCCCAUCGUUCGCAUCCUCCGUUACAACGAUCGUCCCAUCGCAAGCGGCGACCGAUCUCUCAGCCGUGGAACCAACGGAACGUAGCGAACCAGAGCAACAACCGGAGGCAACGACAGGUCCAUCCCUGAUCGAUCUACUCACCCCAACGGCAACGAUCGUGGCCGUCCAGAACGAUACGAUCAUCACCACGUACCGGCCGGCGCUUUCAUCCGGCGAAACGACGACACUGGUCUCGGAAUCGAGCGCCGACGAGACGGAGAUCCAGUCCAGGAUAGCUGACCCGAACGAUGGCUACAACUACGAGGCGCCGGAAAAUGGGCUCACCGUACCGGCGGGCUCUUCCGUCCCGCCGUCACACACGCUCGAAGCUGACGGGUAUCAUUAUAAGGUUCCAGCGGUGCCGUUUCCCUAGGGAAAGGUGGUGGUGAGGAUCGUAGGUGAGGUACCCGGGGGAGUGAUGCAGGAAGAAGCGAAGAAGGGACCAGUUAGUUAGUGGACAUCCCAACCAUUUUUUUGUUGCCGCAACGCCAUAAUGACGAUGUUUUGUUUGUUAAAUUCGAAUUUCGGUUGAAAGUCCCUCUAGGUCGUGAUCAAACGGACGACACGGUUUUGCUUUCCGUGUCACUCCCAGUCCGAAGGCUUCCCCUGCGUACAGUGUGGCUAUUUAUUGCAAUAGUGUGUAUAUUAAUAAAAUCCCCCUUGAUUUUUUUUUU